UCGAAUGGCACCGCCUCAAUCAUGAGAUGACGUCGUUUAGAAUCGUCGUCACCGUUUCUUCAUAUUACAAGGGUUUGAUUUGGAAUUGUGCAGUUUUCAAUGGCGAUGCAAACUGGAAUGGGCUUUUCUAAGAUCAUCUUUAUAGUCGGAGCAGGUUACACGAGUACACUGCUGCUUAACAAUGGCAAACUUUCUGAGUUAUUAGGUGAACUUCAGGCUUUAGUGAAAGGAUAUGAAGGAAAGCAGGGAGAUGAAGGUGAUUAUGGAGAUGCCAUUGCUGGGCAGAUUCGCCGGUUAGCGACGGAAGUUCGCCAGCUGGCAGCCGCACGACAGGUCACUGUUUUCAAUGGAGGUUCAAGUGUUGAUGCAGCAUCUCUAGUGGUACCUGCUGCUGCAUUAGGGACUGUGGGAUAUGGCUAUCUGUGGUGGAAGGGUCUUUCAUUUUCAGACCUCAUGUUUGUGACCAAGAGUAACAUCACAAAUGCGGUUUCAAGCUUGAAAAAUAAUUUAGAACAAGUUUCAGAUGCUAUCGCUGCAGCAAAGAAGCAUUUAACUCAGAGGGUAGAGAACUUGGAUGGGAAACUGGAUAAACAAGUGGAGAUAUCAAAAUCAAUUCAAGGCGAGGUGACUGAUGUUCGUGAUGAUCUUAACCAACUUGACUAUAACUUGGAUUCAUUGAGAGAGAUGGUUUCUGGCAUUGAUGGAAAGAUAAUGACUUUAGAAGAAAAGCAGGAAUUUGCUAGGCGUGGAGUGCAGUAUCUAUGCAACAAGUUUGAUGGAAAUAUGAUCUCCGGCAACACACAGGUUCAAUUUAAGCUUGCUGGCAAGUCCGUUGGUGGUUCUCUGUCAUCUGGAGGGAUGAUCGCCCUUGAGGGCGUCAAGGAAAUUCCUGACAUUUUGGAUUCAGGGGGUGUUAACAAUUUGCCAGCAACUGGUGUUCCAGAAAAUUCUACACCUGUAUUGAAAAGUCAAUCAAGAAUGUUGACCAGGAAAAUUACGGUCACGGCCAAGGUCAAUGUUUGAACGCGGUGGACAAUGAGAAACAGUUUUGAAACAUAUCUUGAACCCGUUCAUGGUAUAUUAUGCAUAGGUAUAUUGUUUAUCUGUACAUGUUUAUAUUAGUAGUUUUUUAUCUUUAACACGCCUAAUCUUUUUGAAAAUGACAAGUCGUUUGAUCAGAAA